UAUGAUAUUACUGUCAAUAGUAUAUAAGUUAGCAGGGAUGAGGGAUGCCAUUACCAAGUCCACAACAUGGUUCAUUUUCAACACUCCUUCAAUCAUCACCCAUAGAAACUAUCUUCCUCAGAAAAAUGUCCAAAACUAAAAUAAUCCCAGCUCCCCAAAUCCUUCUCUGCAUUUUCACUUUUGUCUUUUUCACCUUUCAUGUAAAUGUAAAUUCGCAGCCUAGCUCCAAUCAAGAAAAAACCAUUUUACUUCAACUAAAAGAACAAUUAUCCACCACUUCUCCCUUCUUCCUUAACCGCUGGACUUCAUCAUCAGACCACUGCACUUGGCCGGAGAUCAGCUGCACACAUGAUAAUUCAGUCAGAGCCAUUCGUCUCGUUAAUCUCAGCAUUUCCAAACCAAUCCCACCAUUUAUUUGUGACCUCAAAAACGUCACCUUUCUUGAUGUUAACAACAACCUCAUCCCUGGUCCUUUCCCUACCCUUCUUUACUACUGUUCCAAUCUUGAAUACUUAGACCUUUCUUUUAACUUCAUGAACAGCAGCCUUCCUAAUGACAUCAACCGGCUUUCGCCUAAGCUUCAGUACUUCAACAUAACAGCAAACUUCUUUACUGGUAACAUUCCUCCAGCAAUGGAGGUCUAAAACAGCUCAAAGAACUUCAGUUUGCUUCAAAUGCUUUCCAUGGCUCUUUCCCUGCUGAAAUUGGCGACUUGACGAAUCUUGAAUCUCUGAUUCUGAAUCUCAAUAAGUUUGCACCUCAAGAAAUACCAUCAAGUUUUACCAAGUUGAAGAAACUCAAAAAUAUCUGGAUGAGUGAAAUUAAUUUGAUAGGAGAAAUCCCAGAAAGCAUUGGCAACAUGUCAGCUUUGGAAUUUUUGGACUUAUCCAUGAAUGGAUUGAGUGGUAGCAUCCCUAACAGUUUGUUUCAGCCAAAGAAUUUGACCAUAGUUUAUCUCUACACUAAUAGAUUGUCAGGACAGAUUCCUCAGAUUAUUGAGUCCUUCAAUUUGGAGGUUAUUGAUUUGGCUAACAACAGCUUAACAGGGAAGAUACCAGAAAAUUUUGGAGAGCUGACAAAAAUGACAGGGUUAUCUCUGUUUAUGAACCAAUUAUCAGGGAAUUUACCAAUAGGCAUAGGCAAAUUGCCAGUAUUGGUAGAUGUUAGGCUUUUUGGGAACAGUUUAUCUGGUGAAAUUCCACCAGAUUUCGGUCUUCGAUGCUCAGAGAUUUCCAGGUGAGCUACCAGAAUCUCUUGGAAACUGUAAUAGUUUGAGGGCCGUUCGAGUUGAAAAAAACAGGCUUACUGGUAAGAUUCCUGAUGGUUUGUGGACAGCAAAGAAUUUGUCAACUUUCUUGUUAAAUGAUAACUUGUUAACUGGUCAACUUCCAGAAAGAGUGGCAUCAAAUUUGUCUCAGGUUGAUAUCAGGAACAACCUGUUUUCAGGUGAAUUACCAGCUGAAAUGGGUACUUGGUACAAUUUAAGGGUAUUCAGAGCAAGCAAUAAUCUCUUUACUGGUAAAAUUCCUGAAGAAUUGACUGUUCUUCCAAAGUUAACAGAACUUUUGCUGGAUGGUAAUAAACUAUCCGGGAGUUUUCCGUCGAAGAUAGUCUCUUGGAAUUCUCUUACUACUUUAAAAACCAGCAGAAAUCAGAUUUCAGGACAAAUACCAGCUGCACUUGGCCUUUUACCAAACCUUAUUGACUUGGACUUGUCANGUCUCAGGUUGAUAUCAGGAACAACCUGUUUUCAGGUGAAUUACCAGCUGAAAUGG